AUGGAAGGUGAAAAUGAGGCAUGUGUGACGUCAUACAAACGCUUUCGGACGUGGCUCAUCCACAGGCACAGUUGGCAGAGUCCUGCUGCGAGUACACCUUUCACCACUGGGCGUCGCUGUUGGCCCAACUUUGAGUUUGAUGCUGUCUGCCAGAGGCUGGAGCUGGACUCUCCCACUAGACAGCAUGAAGCAGCACAGGGGAGAGCAGAAGAUUCAACGCUAAUUAGAGACACCUCUCUCUGUGAGCCUAAAACGACAACAAAAGCACAGAGCAUCACAAGCUCACGGCGGCGCUCAUUCAGUGUUAAAGCCCCACAGCAGGAAUGGAUUUGGACUGCUCAUGAAGAUGUGCAAUCAACUGAUUGUGAAGAAAUUCAAAGUGAUGUGAGGCCGUUUUGUGUUCUGAACACACCUUUGACGAGUCUGCACGAUAAGUCAGCCCUCAAGUUGGCCGCACCAUCCCUGGUAAACGACUACUACACAAAUCUCCUUGACUGCAGCUGUAAUGGCCUCCUUGCAUUAGCUCUGGACUCAUCUGUUUACAUUUGGAAUUCAGAAACACGCUCUCUGCUGGGACGUUUGGACCCGCGUCUAGAACCGGGCCUAGACCGCCGCCACACUGUCUCAUGUCUGUGCUGGAGCACAGAUGGCCGUGUUCUAUCUAUUGGCACCAGGCGAGGGGAGGUGCAGGUACACUUGUGGGACGUUGAACGGCAGCAGAAUGUGAGCACUCUGCCUUCGCACUUGUCUGCGGUUCGAGCUCUUUCCUGGAAACAGCAGCUUCUUAGCAGUGGCUCAACCUUGGGACACAUCCAUCAUUAUGACCCCCAGGCUCCAGCUCCUCUAGUGGGCGCUGUUGUCCAGCAGGAGGGCCUGUGCAGCCUUCAGUGGUCACCUGAUGAUGAGUGGCUGGCUAGUGGAUCCACAGACGGCCUCCUCCACAUUUGGGACCGUGAUGUCAUGGGCCUCACAAGGUCACAUCAGCCAGUUGCUACAAUGAAGCAGCCAAGCGCUGUCAAGGCAAUGGGAUGGUGUCCAUGGCAGAGAAAGAUGAUUGCUACAGGUGGAGGAUGGAAAGAUGGGAGGCUUCGGAUUUGGGACACAGAGUCAGUGACUUGUGUCAGUUCUGUAGACAGCGACUCACAGAUCUGCGCUCUGCGCUGGACGGAGGCCACCAGACGCCUGGUCACAGGUCACGGCUUUCCCCAUCACAGCGCCAUCUUCUGGGAGUGGGAGUUAUCUUCACUCAGGCCAAGCAGCUGCCUGGCAGGUCAUUCAAAUCGUAUCCUGCACGUGGCCUUAAACCCUGAUGCUAGCCAGCUGUUCACUGUUGGAGCGGACCAAUGCCUUUCCAUCUGGGACAUCUAAUUUCCACCGUGUCACCUCCACUCCACGAACACACACUCCUGUUACUUUUGCUCGACUAACUGCAUUGUCUGAGCAUCCUAACCGCUUUAAUUUCACCCGAGGGUGACAGUAUGGAUCUUCCUGUUGGUAAAAAAAUGGUGUCGCAUCCAAAUAACUUGCACUUAGGUACAAGUUAUGAUGAUGAUCUUGAAAUCUGCAGUUGCUCAGAAAUGGCUCCCAACAUGUAUAAAUCUACAAUUGACCUUCUGAUCGCUAAGAGAAGUCAACAAAGCUUCUGGAUAUUCUAGAACAGUGGUUCUUAACCUGGGUUCGAUCGAACCCUAGGGGUUUGGUGAGUUGGUCCCAGUGGUUCGGCGGAGCCUCCGCCACGGAGGUUAAGACACACCGGACCCAUCGUGUCAAUUCGUGUUUACUCGCCGCCGCUUAGCCAUCACUGGCUGCAGAUAAUCACAUUACAUUGCUUGCCUUGGCCAAUCAGUGCUGCGAAGAAUUUAGCGCGCUCAUGGUGUGUUCCAUUUGUACUUGGAAGUCGGAAUUUCCGAGUUACUAGCGGGAACACCCGACUGAAACGCCCCCCCAAGGCGGAAUGUUCAACUUGGAAGUCAGAGCAUCCACGCCACCUCCGAGUUAACAAUCAAUGAUAGCUGCCUUGUGUGUAAACGAUAAAUAAUCAAUAAAUAAUUUAUAAAAAAUAUUGCUAUAGUGUGAAGUUUUUCUGGCUUGGCAACUGGAACGCUUUUAACUCGGAGAUCACGUCACUCUCACUCCGACACCCAGUUCUGAGUACAAAUGAAACGCACCAUCAAGUAGUCAACGUGUGACUGAUGUGGUAGCAUGCCGUGUGAUUUCAUUCUUAAUAUUUGAAUCCAUACUAACUAUGUCGAGCAAAAAAAGAAAGUGGUGGGAUGAAUAUGUACAGCAUGGGUUCACAUUUAUCACGAACCGUGAUGGGAGUCAGCGUCCUGUCUCUGUCAUUUUGUGCACCAGUAAACAAACAUAUACCUAUAAACAAACUUAUACUGUACCUAUGUCUUGAAUUUGAAAAAAAAUUAUAUUUUAUUUUUCACUAAAUAAGGGUUCGGU